AUGGUGGUUUACAAUUUUAAAAAGAUCCAGACAGUGCCAACGGCCAAUGACUUCAUUGACAUUGUACUUACGCGCACGCAGCGAAAGACACCGACGGUGAUCCAUCCGACGUACGCCAUCUCUCGUAUUCGUGCCUUUUACAUGCGCAAGGUCAAGUUUACACAGCAGACGUGCCAGGAGAAGCUUAGUCAGAUCAUUGAUGACUUUCCACGUCUUGACGACUUGCAUCCGUUCUAUGCCGACCUCAUUAAUAUCCUCUAUGACCGUGACCACUACAAGCUCGCACUGGGUCAGGUUAAUACGGCACGAGCCCUUAUCGAUAACAUUGCAAAAGAUUACGUACGGAUGAUCAAGUACGGCGACUCACUUUACCGUUGCAAACAGCUUAAACGUGCUGCUCUUGGACGUAUGUGCACGCUGUUAAAGAAGCAAAAGGCGUCGCUGGAGUACCUUGAAGAAGUGCGUAAACACUUGUCACGUCUACCAUCCAUUGACCCAAACACACGAACGUUGCUCAUUACGGGCUUUCCUAAUGUCGGCAAGUCGAGCUUUAUGAACAAGGUCACACGAGCCGAUGUGGACGUGCAACCUUAUGCUUUCACAACCAAGGCGCUGUAUGUUGGCCAUCUAGACUAUAAGUAUCUCCGCUGGCAGGUCAUUGAUACUCCUGGUAUCCUUGACCACUCACUUGAGGACCGGAACACUAUUGAGAUGCAAGCUGUCACGGCGCUUGCACACUUGCAGGCAUCAAUUUUGUUCUUUAUGGAUAUUUCCGAGCAGUGUGGAUUUACAAUUGAGCAGCAGCUGAGCCUGUUUGAGAAUAUCCGGCCGCUCUUCGCGAAUAAACCGCUGGUGCUGGUGUGCAACAAGGUUGAUCAGAUGCGCUUCGAUGCUCUUUCGGAGAACCACCAGAAAAUGAUCAACACGGCGGUAGAGGAGACCAAAGCAAAGUUCUUUACCAUGUCCAACCACUCGGAGGAAAACGUCAUGGAUGUCAGGAAUUACGCGUGUGACGAGCUGCUGUCGCACCGUGUAAAUUCAAAGGUCAAGGGUAACAAGAUGGUCGACGUGCUGAACCGUCUCAGCGUUGCGAUGCCGGUGGCUCGUGAUGAUGUAGCACGUGAGAUUACGAUUCCUGCUAGUGUCAUCGCUGCUCGUGAGAACCCGAACAGUGUGGUGCCGCGUACACUGCAGAAGGACAAGAUGAACGCUAACGGUGGUGCAGGCGUAUACUCGUUUAAUUUCAAGGAGCACUACAAGGGUAUGCUUCGCAGUGACGACUGGACGCAGGACGCUAUCCCAGAGAUUUGGAACGGCAGGAACAUUGCCGACUUUGUGGACCCCGAAAUUCUAAAACGCCUUGACGCUCUGGAGCAGGAGGAGGACGAAGCUAUGGCUAACAAUGCUUCUAUGGAUGACGAUGAGGAAAUGAGUGAUCUUGAUGAUGAACAGAAGGACAAGGUAGCUCGCAUUCGUGAAAAAAAAGCCAUUAUUGUAGCUGGCCACCGUCAAAACAAGAACAAGAACCACUCCAGUGUUUCGCGAAAGGUGCUUGCUAAGCUUCGCACGCUUACCGAUACAAAGAAAGAGUUGGAAGCUCUUGGUGUGGAUACAAGUCACAUGAAGCACGCUGAGGCUGUAGUGGCAAAAAGGAAGGCCAAUGAUGAAAGUCGUGGUCGUAAGCGCGAUCGCGAAGAUAUGGACGUGGAUAUGGAGGACCCGACCGAGAGCUCUGACGUGCGUGUGCGUGCACGUGCCAAGUCUGCAUUGCGCUCCAAAUCGAAGAACCGUUCACAGUCUCUUGUCACCCCGCGUGACCAAUCGGGUUUCGGUAACGAGGCUGCAAUGGCAGCUGUCAAGCGAGCUACUCGGUUGACGGAGCGUAAAGCUAACAAAAUGGGUCGUGCUGGUGAGGCAGAUCGAAUAUCGGUUCCCAAGCUUGCAAAGUGGCAGAACUCGGGCAAGCGCGGCCAGGGUAGUACGAACUCCCGAUAA